AUGUAUCAAUUCUGUGCAUCCGAAGCGUGCCGCCAGAUGCAAAGCUACAAUACCUUCGUCGUCCAGCGUGUCACGCCACUGGUUGACAGUAGCGCCCCAUCUCAAGACGAUGGUGUGGUUUUUCAAGUGCUCUACAAAGCUUCUCCCGAUGAUCUUGCCCAGAUGGUUCUGUCGCAGCUGUAUCUUGAUACAAGUGGGCGUGUCGGCAUCCUUGAACUCUUCAGAGGCGUCGGGGAUUGUGCUGUGACCGAAACGGAGCCGGGCCCGUCGGUUGUCUCAGACGACGAUGGUGCGUGGAAGAAGUUUGCGACCGACACCGUGAACAGCUUCUAUCACCCCGUCGGAACCUGCUCCCUGCUGCUCCGGAAGGAUGGUGGCGUGGUUGGCGCGGACCUCAAAGUCUAUGGCACCAGCAAUCUCCGAGUUGUCGACAAUAGCAUCAUCCCUAUCAUUCUAUCGGCUCACAUCCAGACGGCAGCCUAUGAUAUCGCGGAGAUCGCAGCCGGCAAGAUCAUAUCUGCUGCUUAA